AAAGCAAAAGCUUGUACCGACCGCUGGAGCGGUUUGUUUCCUGUUUCAAGUAAAAACGCCGCUUUUCUUGCUGUUUCCGCUAUUCCUUGAGUGAGUUAACUGUAUUGAAGCUAUGAAUAAUCCGCAACAACGUAAAUAAGCCUAAAUUUCGUCGCAAAAGAGGCGAAUUUUAGCUAAGUUGAAGCCGAGCGGCGCGACCGCUCAGAACUUGAAAUUCUCAAAGAAAAAGACGCCUUGAAAUACAGCGAAAAUGCUUGAAGUUCUUGGAAACGAAACUUUAUUAGAUAACAACGGUACGCUAAAUGGAACUAAUGUGACGCUCGAAGAAGAAGACCCCCAUGGAGGACACACCGGUCAUCACCAACCAACAACGAUUUUGUUUGUGUUUGGCUGUUGCGGCGUCGGAGCCAUCCUCCGCAUUCUGCUAAGGAAAUGGGCGAAUUUCGUUUCUCAAUUCGAAUACGGAAGUCUCAUGAAACUGCCCUACACCGUGUUCCUUAUGUUAGUGGGAAUGCUACUUGCCGGAAUCGCCAGCCAUGCAGUGGAAGUUCAACCCUUCCUCCUGAGCGACAUGGAUCCUGAAUUAUUUCUUCACGUCUUUCUGCCCGUUGUUAUCUUUGAAUCUGCCUACGUCAUUGACACUCAUGUUUUCUGGAGAUCCAUCGGUCAUGUUGCUCUGCUAUCCGUACCUGGAUUGAUGGUCUCCACCAUGUUGACAGCCAUGCUAUCGUUCCUUGUGCCAGAGAUCGGGAAUAUUGUCAACUUCGAGGCUCGUCUCUACAUUGCCAUCCUAUUCGGAGCGAUUAUCAGUGCAACAGAUCCAGUGGCCGUGGUCGCAUUGCUAAAGGAAUUAGGAAACCAGAAAUACCUCGGAACAAUCAUAGAGGGAGAAGCAUUAUUGAACGAUGGAGCAGCCAUUGUUGUUUUCAAAAUAUUUUUAGAAAUGUUGAAAUCGACGACUCCACACUUUCCUGAUAUGACAGGUCUUACAACUUUCCAACUUGUGAUGCAACAAUCAUUCCUGGGUCCUGUAAUGGGAUUUCUCUUCGCCAAAGUCGCAGGUUUCAUCCUCGGUUACAUCUACAAUGAUGCUCUGGCUGAAAUCACUGUCACUCUGAGUUUCACUUACCUAACUUUCUAUUUCGGAGAAUGGGCUAAAACAUCCGGUGUGCUAGCAGUCGUUGUCUUUGGACUUGCGUUGGACAGAGCCUCUAUCACUCCACAGGUCGACCAUUUCCUACACAGAUUCUGGGAGAUGCUGGCAUAUCUUGCGAACACCUUAAUUUUUGUGAUAGUUGGAAUCCAAAUCACCAAGUUCAUGGGCGAUAUUUCUUGGUACGAUGUGGGAUAUCUCCUUGUUAUAUAUGUUGGAAUUACUAUUAUAAGGGCCAUCAGCAUUUUCAGUUUCUUCCCUCUGAUGACUCGUCUUGGGAUUGAGUUGAACUGGAGACACGUUCUUGUGAUGACAUGGGGAGGGUUACGUGGAGCUGUCGGAUUGGCAUUGGCAAUCUAUCUCAACAGUUAUGUCAACAUUCUAGCGCCACCUAUUGAUGUUAGCACAUUCAAUUUGACUCAAUUUGACAACGUAUCUCCAAACAUUACGAUGCUAGCUGCUGAAUUAGAGUCGACGGGCAGAGUAUCGGAUCUCGUUGAACCACAAACUCUUUCUAUAAUUGCAGAGGAUGAAGUUGAUUUUCAGAAAGUUUUUCAAAAGAUUCUCCUUCAUACUGGUGGCAUUGUGCUCCUGACCCUGCUGAUAAACGCAUCAACCAUUGAAGCUUUCCUGGACAGGCUUGGUAUGCUUGCAGUCACAACAGCCCAACAGCUGACAAUGUUGAACGCAGUAAAUCGGAUACAGCUGGAUAUCAAACGUUCCGUUUCUGUGCUGAAGUACGACAGAUUUCUAGCUGAUGCAAGAUGGUCAAUUGUGCAUGAGAUGACGCAGAUAUCAUACCCUUAUAAGGAAUAUCCAACGUCUGGGGCUGUGGCAGCCGGUGGAUGGUCUGGUCAAGGAAGGAUUCAUCCAGCACGAGAUGGUGAAGUGAGCCCAGAUGAAGUAAAGAUGUCGAAAUCGGAAGAUCAAACGUUCAAAGAUUUGUUUGAAGAAGCAAGAUUGAGGCUCAUCAAAGCAUUGAAGAUGUCUUACUGGAAACAAUACAGCAAUGGUAUGCUAACUGACCAGGAGGCUAGAGUGCUGGUUUCAGCUGCUGAUACUGCAGCAGAUAAGCCUGGGGAAUUCGUGAACGUUGACACCAUCCGUAAGUGUUGGCAAGUGAAAGGCUUCCUGCCGUGGUUCAAGUCAAAGCUGGAAGACAUGCAGUACGGAAAGAAGAUCGAUACCAUGCAACCACCUGGUCGAAGUCGUCAGAUCAAACGCUUGUUUCGCAUCGUACGCUCUGGUCAGUUUGAAAUUGUUAUGCAAAUGGUGAUUCUGAUCAAUAUUUUUCCCAUCAUAAUGGAUUUCUUAAUUGAUGAAACUUGGGAAAAUGCCGACCAGUGGCUUAUAGGAUUACAGCUCACCAACUACGUCUUCAUCAUUAUUUACUGUGUAGAAGCCGGAAUGAAGUUUGUCGGCCUCGGAGCGAAACAGUAUUUCAGUGACAAAUGGAAUUGGUUUGACAUUCUGAUCUUAGCGAUUUGUUUCAUUGAAAUUAUCAUCGACAUGGUUAUUGUGGAUGCAACUGCGGCUACUGGCUCGAUUGCUAAAACUGUGAAAACGACCAAGGUUGUGAAAUUCAGCAAAGUAGCGAAAUCGUUGCGAAUGCUUCGAGCAACGAGGAUUCUCCGUCUUUCUAAAACGAUCAUUCCAAAGACAAUCGACUUUAUUAACAAGCAGAUCAAUAAAAGGCUCAGUUUUGGUUACGAUGUCGGCAAAGGUUUCGUAGCUGCAGAGGAAGAAGUUAGCAAACUAAUUGUCAGUAUUAGUGAGAAUCGAGGAAUCCAGGAAAAGUUAAUGACAGCAUCGAAUGAAAAUAGGCUGACAGUGAUUAGAGAGAUGGGUUUGCUUCAAAGAGAUCACCCAGGAAUUGCAAUCAGUGUGAAAACUAAAAGUGCAGUGAGGACAAUACUGAACCAGACUAGAGAUACGAUAUACCAACUGUGUGCAGGUGGAGUUCUUGACGAAAUUGAGACUCAGCUGCUAGAGCGAGGAGUUGAAGUUAAGUUAAAGAAACAAGUUCCAUCGUUCGUUCCUCCCCCUCCCCCCGAAGAUUUGUUGGAAAAUAUUCCAUGGAUGCUUGGAGAUUCGAAAAUUCUUGCUUUCAUUCGUUCUCAUUGUUCGAUCAUGGACUAUGACUAUGGUGACAUCAUAAUGCAAGAAGGAGACGAGGUUGACGGGAUUCAUAUUGUUGUCUACGGUAUGAUCAGGCUACACGGCGGACUCCACGGACAGAUCCAAUUAUUCCGUUUGCAAGCCCCUGCUAGAAGUGAUGAUUCUGGACAGUUGUCUGGGGUUUUGAAACAGAAAAACAGAGGAGAUCAAGAGGAUUUCUUGUGCAGUGGGAACAUUAUCGGUGAAAUCGGGUUGUUGACUGGAAGUGCAAGGACUUGCACUGUUACUUGUGAAACAGCUGUUCAGACAUUCUUCAUAGCCGCGGAAGACAUGCACGAAGCAUUCAGUCAAUUUCCUCAGCUCAAGAAGGCGAUGUGGCACGUGGUUGCAAUCAGGAUAUCAGCACCGUUGUACAUGGAGCACAUCCAGUAUCAGGGAACCAGCGUAGAACAGAUCCAUCUCCACUUGUCCAGAGGUAAAAUAGUAGAACUUACUGAGGCGGAGCAUUAUUUUGAAUUCUCUGAUUCGGUAGAAGAGGUGUCAGUCAUCCACGGUUCAGUGAGCACAGCACUGACAGGAGAGACAAUAGAAUCCCCAGCACUGUUGAUGCCUGAACAUGACACGAUUCAUUUGGUCAAAAGUAAAUUUGCGAUUCUACUUGUCAUACCACGAGACCAUGGGCUGGGACUUGACCUUGUGAGAAGCGAUACAAGGUCAUUAGUUAAACAUAAUUCCAAGGUCGCUUCACUGGCAAGAUUAUCAGGAACAGUAGGAAUAGUACCAAGUUGUGAUGUCACUAUGGAUUAACCUCAUAUGAUGAAAUAUAUCAAGUAUUAUUCAAUCACAAUGCACUUAAGAAUAAUGCACAAAAUACACUAUUUUGUUGUCAA